AUGUCAAAGGUGUUCUUCAUCACGGGCGCGGGAAGCGGCAUCGGCCGAGUCAUAGCACGCGAGCUUCUACUCAAGGGCCAUCGGGUCUUCCUGACUGAUUACAAUGAAGCCUUCCUAGAAGACACUUGCUCUGUACACCUCCCUUCCGUUAUCCCCGGCGACAAGCAUGAGAAUUUCAAAUGGGCGCAGAUGAACGUCUGCGAUGAACAGCAAGUUACAAACGCAUUUGCGCAGUGUGUUCAAGAAUUUGAGGGCAUCGAUGUCCUAAGCCAAUAUAUGCGAGCAGGGAUCAGAAUGGAGGAAAUCCCGACUUCAGAUUUCGAAAAAAUCCUCUCCGUUAAUCUAGUCGGCACAUACCGUGUCUCCCAGGUAGCCAUCCCCCAUCUCGAACAGUCUCUAGGCGGAGGCGUUAUCAUCAACAUGUCCAGCUGCCGAGCGAGCCAGCAGAGCAAGAAUGGCGAAGCCUAUGCGGCUUCCAAGACCGGAAUCGAAGGCCUCAGCAUGGCGAUGGCCGUGAGUUUAGGACCAAAAAUUCGAGUACAUGUGGUGAGCCCGGGAAUGGUCGAUGUUCGGUGCGAGCGGAAUGAAAAACUACUGCCAGAUAUUGAGACGAUUCGGGGUGAUCUUGAUCGGGAUUUCCAAAGUGAGUAUGCGCCAGCUUGGGGGUCGGGGAAAAGUGUCGCUAUGAGCGAGGCACAUCCGGUAGGUAGAAUUGGAAGAGGCGAAGAUAUUGCACGGUAUGUGUCAUUCUUAUAUUGCAUGAGUCGAGGUGAAAAGCGACCAGCUACUAAUUCUGUGGACCUUUUGGGAUAA